AUGGACCCAGUUGAUGCACACGUUCUUGGUUUUACAAUGAUGUUUCUGUCCGUAUUGUUUUUUAUAUCACAAGUAAUAUUCAUAACAGUGUGUUCAAAGAAUUGCGGUUGGGGAUCUGAUUUUGCCUACGUACUUAUGUGCUCCAUUAGCGCCAUGGAUUGUGUGCAGCUGGUUAUUCACUUUAUCAUAGGUUAUGUAUACUGGUUCGAACUAGACGUUCCGUCUCAUAUUUCCAUUAUGGGCGCUUUUAUGGAUGCAUCGUGGUGUUCGACGGCACUUGCCACGGUGUUGCUCACACUUCAUCGUCUGAUGUGGACUGUAUUUCCAUUUCAAGCAAAACGUAUUCUUCCUCCGAAUAUUUCCAAAAUUCUUGCACCAAUUCCAUGGAUUUUCUAUGGAGCAAUGUUGGCGAUCAAUCUUACACCCUAUUCAGCCAUACGCUUUAGAAAGGAGUGGAUUACGUGGUAUUAUGACACAGACCUUCCAUUCUCUACGUAUUUUUUUCAUCUGCAUGUUGUCUGCACCUAUGCAUCAGCAAUUGUUAGUACGUUGGUGUACACAUUGGUGUUCGCUGUUUUGUUCCGUGGGAAAUCCUAUGUUCGGAAAACCCACGAGAUGCGCAUGACAUUAUUGGUGUUUCCCUUUUCUGCAUAUCAAAUUGUCUGUUUCAUUGUUUGGGAGUUUGUUCUAUCCGCGUUGGAUUACGAAUAUUAUGUUUCAUAUGUGAGCUUAAUUAUGUGGGUGAUUUGGAACGGUGCCGGUGCAAUACUCUACAUGGCGUUCAGUAUAUAUUUCAUUAUUAGAGAGAUGAAUUCAGCGGAAGAACGCAUUCUGGGUGUCAUAAUGAUGUGCUUAGCUGUGUUGUUUUUUGUAUUGCAAAUUAUAUUCAUCAAGGGAAAAUCACAAAUAAGAAAAAGUCGUGAGAUGCGCAUGACGUUAAUGGUGUUUUCAUUUUGCGGAUAUCAACUUUUCUGUUUUAUUAUUUGGGAGUUCAUUCUACCAGCGCUAGAGUACGAUGAGUAUCUUUCAUCUCUGAGUCUAAUCAUGUGGGUGAUUUGGAGCGGUGCCAGCGCCGUACUCUAUAUGACAUUCAGCGUUUCCUUUCGACGGGAUCUGAAGAGCAUGAUUCAAUCUACGGGAUGUUGUAGGAUAGGUAAUGACUCCCGGAUGACCACGAUGGUCGCUUCCCAUAUAAGUACACAUAUCGUAACGAAGAAUCGAACGAAGACGACCCAAUAG